AUGAGGGAUCUACGAGAACAGAUAUUGAUGCAAGAUACUCCUACCAUGAAAGUACACGAUCGUAAACAAGAGAGCAUAUUCAAGCGAGAAAAGAAGCAGCAAGAAGAAGAAGCCGCUGAAGAGCAACAGAUCAAGGUCAAAAGACAAGGAGGAUUUACAUAUGAUGGAAGAAAUAGUGAUCAACGAAAAGCAACGACUCAUUUGGGCUCAAUGGAGCGUAGAAAGCGUAGCAAAGAGCCAUGUGAUUUGCAAAUCAACGAGGGUGCAGCAUUAAAAGAGAUGAGCAAGUUAUAUCAGGAUCUGUUGGAAAGAUUUGAGAACUUGAAGCAGAAGCAAGAAGCUCAGGUGGCUACUGAAUCUGACAGAAUUCGACUACGUCGAUUGGCUGAAAAAGAUGAUAGUGUACACAAAAUGUUGAAAGAGCUGAUCGCAACCAUCAAGGAAGCAGCGGGAGACUUCAAAACUUGUGCUAUGCUUGCCGGUUCUUCAAUGAAACGAGCGGAACAUCACGAGCGUGAUUUGGACCAUAUUAUACUUGAACUGGAAUCGGCAUAG